UAUCUUGUUAUAAAAGAGAUAUUAUGAUUAACAAUUACAUCAAAACUCAAUAUAGAGAAUUGAAUGACUAAUUUGAUCCUAACAAACAGGUCAUCCAAAUCAAAAAACGUGUUUCUUGUAAAAUCAGUUAAAAGAUUUUCAAAUAACAUUAUAAACAAAUCAAAUAAACCUUUUUCAUUUUUCAAAUGAUACCCACUUGAAGAAAAAAGGCCGAAGGAAAAAAGCACAGUGCCCCCACCUUGAUAGGCAUCCACGUUGAACCGCAAACACCGGAGAGUCUAGAUACAUCAAAAAAGGGACGUCGAAAGCUAGAGAAAAGCGAAAGAAACCGACAAAAAAAACCAUGUUCCCUUACGUGGCAUACGCUGGUUUGCUGUCCCUACUGCACAUCGAAUCGGAGUUGCCUUUUUCCUCCAAUUAUAAAAAGCCGUCCUUACACAUACUAUUUUAAGACUGCAACUAAAAGAGAACAAAAAGGGGAAAAUGGGUUCUACUGAGUUGUUACAGGAGCUGAUUCCAGAUUUACCUGAGGAAAUCGGACUCGAGUGCUUGACUCGAUUUCAUUAUUCAACUCAUCGAAUGUCAGCUCGAGUUUGCCGGCGAUGGCAAGAGCUUCUCCAAAGCAGACAGUUUUACUACCACAGAAAGAGAACCGGGUGUACCCAGAGAGCCGCUUGCUUGGUUCAAUUACUAAAGAGUGGUUCCGAUCCUGAUGGGUCCAAACACGUCUGUCAGCCUAGGUAUGGUAUCACCGUGUUUGACCCCGCGAGUGGCACCUGGGACCGAGUUGACCCGGUUCCUAAGUACCCAGGUGGGCUUCCGUUGUUUUGUCAGAUAACAAGCUCAGAAGGAAAGCUUGUUCUGAUGGGCGGCUGGGACCCGACCAGUUAUGACCCGGUGAGAGACGUGUUUAUAUACGAGUUCACGACUCAGAGGUGGAGACAAGGGAAGCAGAUGCCGGAAACUCGCUCAUUCUUUGCGGCUGGGGAGUUGAAUGGACGAGUUAUCGUGGCGGGUGGUCAUGACGAGAACAAGAACGCUUUAAGCACAGCGUGGGAAUAUGAUGUAAUUCGGGAUGAGUGGACUCAGUUGGCUCCGCUGAGUCAGGCGGAUGAGUGUCAAGGGGUGAUGAUUGGAUCGGACUUCUGGGUGGUGAGCGGAUACAACGGAAAUCAAGGAGGAUUCGAGGGGAGCGCUGAGCUGAUGGAUUUGGGGACGGGUCAAUGGAGGCGAGUUGACGAGGCAUGGAAGGCUAGUCAAUGUCCCAGGUCUUGCGUGGGAGUUGAGAAAGAGAAGAUUUUCUGCUGGGCCGACCGUGAUUCGGCGAUACGAGUUGGAGUAUGUGCAGUCCCCUUGGUGAACGACGUUGUGUCUGGAUCAGCUUACCAGGGUGGUCCACAAGGGUUCUUUUUGGUGGAUGGUCAGAGUGGGCAGUUCAAGAGUCUUGAUGUUCCGGCCGAGUUCUCUGGGUUUGUACAGUCUGGAUGUUGCGUGGAUAUCUAAAUCAGCAAAUCUAAACCUACAUCUUAAAGUGUAAGUCACUCUGGUUUACAC